UACCUACAAUGUACCAAUAAAAGGAUUUAAUACAUUUAAAAAAAAAAAACCCAGCACAACAUAACCAUGCAGGUCUCCGACGUCAAAGACAACGCCCCGACCUUCACCCAAACCUCCUACACCCCGUGGGUCCCUGAGAACAACAGCCCCGCCCUGCACAUCGGCACCAUCAGCGCCACAGACAGAGACUCGGGCACCAACGCCCAGGUCACCUACUCCCUGCUGCUGCCACCGCCGCCGCCACCGCCCCGAGACCCACACCCGGGCCUCGCCUCGCUCGUGUCCAUCAACGCCGACACCGGUCAGCGGUUCGCGCUGCGCGGGCUGGACUAUGAGGCCCUGCACGCCUUCGAGUUCCGCGUGGGCGCCGCCGACCGAGGCUCGCCCGCGCUCAGCAGUGAGGCGCUGGUGCGCGUGCGCGUGCGCGUGCGCGUGCUGGACGCCGACGACAACGCGGCCUUCGUGCUCUACCCGCCGCACAAUGCGUCCGCGCCCUGCACCAAGCUGCUGCCCCGCGCCGCCGACGCGGGCUACUUGCUCAUCAAGGUGGUGGCGGUGGACGCAGACGCCGGCCAGAACGCCUGGCAGUCCUACCAGCUGCUCAAGGCCACCGAGCCCGGGCUGUUCAGCGUGUGGGCGCACAACGGCGAGGUGCGCACCGCCAGGCCUCUGGGCGAGCGCGACGCGCCCAGGCACAGGCUGCUGCUACUGGUCAAGAACAAUGGCGAGCCGCCGCUGUCGGCCAGCGUCACGCUGCACGUGCUGCUGGUGGACGGCUUCUCGCAGCCCUACCUGCCGCUCCCGGGGGCGGCGCCCGAGCGCUCACCGGCCCACCCUCUCACCGUCCACCUGGUCGUCGCGCUGGCCUCCUCGGUGUCCUCGCUCUUCCUCUUCUCGGUGGUGCUCUUCGUAGCGCUGCGGCUGUGCAGGAGGAGCGGGCCGGCCGCGCUGGGUCGGGGCUCGGCGCCUGAGAGCUCCUUCCCGGGCCCCCUGGGGGACGUCAGCGGCACGGGGACCCUGUCCCACAGCUACUGCUAUGAGGUGUGUCUCACUGGUACAAAGGAGUUCAAAUUCCUAAAGCCAGUUAUCUCCAAUGUUCAAGUCCAUAACACUGGUAGGAGUAUGGAGGAAAAGGAAAACUUUGGUAAUGGGUUUGGAGUUGAUUUUAAUAAAGCAAUUUCCUUUAAAUCUUUUAUUAUUUUUGACAUGCUGUGGAUCCUUUAUAUCUAAUUUGUCAUGGAUUUUAGUUUGUACUGUAGAUGCAUGCAUUAUCAUUUCUCAUGCUUUUCUCACCGUUGCAUUAAAACCUUUAUUAAUGGUUAUGGCAUGAAAAUAUAGUCUGUGCUUUUCUUUUUUCGUUUAUUUUGUUAAAAAUAUAUGAACUGGGUAAUUAUGUUGUUGUAAUAAUGACAUUAUUCUUAUACAAGAUAAUCUUAAUCAUUUGGAGAUGCAAACGAAACUAUUAAGAAUAAAUGUCACAAUGUGUAAUUUAUACAGCAUCAUACUGAGAAAACAAAAUUAAAAUGUUGAAUCUAGGUGAAAAGCCUGUUGACUUAAUCGCAGUAUUUUCUGUAAAAAUUGUGCCUUAGAAGACUAAAUUAAAGUUGUUGCUUCUCUAUUCAGUACUAGGGAGCUUUAUACACUGUUUUUCAAAAAUUAAUUUCAGAGAAAGUUAAAAUUACUAUAUUAGAUACAAUUGAUUUCUUAAGUAAUUUCCCCAUAACUAUUUUAGUUGAUGAUAUUUUUGUGGAGGAGAACCUUAAAAUAUGUUGGACUUUGACUUUAUUUUGUUUUCUUUAAAUAUACCAUGUUUACUAUCUUUUUGGUUAUUUUAUGCUUUUUAUUACUAAAACAUGAAAUAGUUCAGAGUCUUAUCCUGAGUAAAAUAAUCUUCCAUUGGAAGAGUAGAAGACAAAAACUUCUUUGGAAAUUGAAAUAAAGAUUUAAACUGUUUUUAAAAAUGAAAAAAAAAGAAAAAUCUAUCUCCCUAUUUCUUAUAAUCUACUUUUAUUUUACUUUCUUACUGUGAACUCCAAUGAGCACUCAUCUCUUUAGCUAUGGCCUGAAUAAUUAUCUUCUCCAAAAAUCCAUAUGUGGAAGCCUUAAUCCACAGACACCAUAUUUGGAGAAUGAGGCCUUGAUGAGGUAAUUAGGUCAAAAGAGUGGAGCCUUCAUGAGUGGGAUUAAUGCCUUUAUAAGAAGAAACCCUUCAAAAAAUGUCUCUUUGUCAUAUGUGGACACAACAAAAAGAUAUCAGCUUUCUGGUAAGAGGGGAUAGGUCCCUCACCAGAAGCUAAUAGUUCUGCCACCCUGAGGUUCAGGCUCUAGAACUGUGAAGAAUAGAUAAAUAAGUCUCUUAGUCUAUAAUAUUCA